AAGUACCCGCCGGCGCGCUUCCGGGGUCGCGGUUGCUUCGCAUGCGACCAGCCGCACCAUGGGACCGCUGCCGCGGACUCUCGAACUCUUCUACGAUGUGCUGUCCCCCUAUUCCUGGCUGGCCUUCGAGGUCCUGUGCCGGUAUAAGAACAUCUGGAACGUCAGCCUGCAGCUGCGCCCGACCUUAAUUGCAGGGAUCAUGAAAGACAGCGGAAACCAGCCGCCAGCUUUGCUUCCCCGCAAAGCCCUAUACGUGAAAAAUGACGUUAGGCUCCUGGGACAGUAUCUCCAGGUUCCCAUCCACUUACCCAAGGAUUUCUUCUUUGUGAUCUUUGAAAAAGGAAGUUUGACAGCCAUGCGCUUCCUCACCAUCGUGAAACUGGAGCACCCGGAGUUGCUGGAGAAAGUGUCCAGGGAACUGUGGAUGCGCGUCUGGUCACGGGACGAAGACAUCACGGAGCCCCAGAGCAUCCUGGCCGCUGCAGAGAAGGCUGGCAUGUCCACGGGACGAGCCCGGGAACUUCUGGAAAGGGUCUCAACACCACAGGUGAAGAACCAGCUCAAGGAGACCACUGAUGCAGCCUGCAAAUACGGGGCCUUUGGGCUGCCUGUCACUGUGGCCCACCUGGAUGAUGAAACCUACAUGCUGUUUGGCUCUGACCGGAUGGAGUUGCUGGCACACCUUCUGGGAGAGAAGUGGAUGGGCCCUGUGCCUCCAGCUGCGACUGCCAGACUUUAGGGAAGCCCAGAAGCAGCAGAAUUACUGGUAUAAAAAAGCAGACUAUCUCCUUACCCCUCCGCCACUGUGGGGCCCUGGGACUCUGGUUUCCUGUCUCAUAGAGUUUCCUCUCCGGCCCUGGGGGAUGCCGGCGAGGGGCUCUGCAGUACACCAUCUACCAUUAGUCUCACGGCUGCCGUUACUUCUGUGCCUCACGAGUGCCUUUCGAGAGCCCCAAACUCUGCUUCCCACAAAAUAAACCUAAUGCCAUCAGGCAUCAUAUUUCUGG